AUGGCUCAACAUGAGCUGAAGCAAAUGGGGGCUUCAAUUUUGCAGGAGAUUGAGGGGCAACCGUCCCAUCAGAACAAGGAUGAUGUCUAUCUGGCCCGUAUGGGGAAGCGUCCUGUCUUGCAAAGAAACUUCGGUUUGAUGUCCAUGGUUGGUUUCAGCUGCACGAUUCUUAUCACUUGGGAAGCCGUAACUACUGGGGGUCCGGCUGGUUCAAUAUAUGGUUACAUCUUUGUCUGGGUCGGUGUUACAGCAACCUUUGUCGUAGUAUCUGAGCUGGUAUCAAUGGCACCGACAUCAGGCGGUCAAUACCACUGGUGUUCAAUGAUGGCACCCAAGUCUGUCAUGAAAGUCAGCAGCUAUAUCACAGUCAUCGGCUGGCAAGCCACAUACGCCACCGGUUUGUAUCUGAAUGGCAACUUCAUCGAGGCACUAGUCAUUCUCACCAACCCCGACUAUACGCCCGCACCCUGGCGUAAAACACUUUAUUCCUGGGCCACGGCAGUCUUUGCAGCGUCUAUCAAUAUUAUUGGAGGCAAGCUGCUGCCUCGGUUUGAGGGGACAAUUCUUAUCCUUCAUAUCCUGGGUUUCUUCGCCAUUCUCAUCCCAUUGACAUACAUGGCAGAGCAUAAACCUGCUUCGGAGGUAUUCACAUACUUUAUCAAUGAGGGCCAUUGGCCGACUCAAGGUCUUUCAUUCUUCAUCGGCAUCAUUGGUCCUGUGUUUGCGUUUGCAGGCGGCGAUGCAGCAGUACAUAUGGUGGAAGAAAUGACCAACGCAACCGUCGCUGUCCCCUGGUCCCUAAUGCUUACAGUCUUAAUCAACGGAACCCUAGGCUUCAGCAUGCUAAUAGCCCUCUACUUCUGCCUUGGAGAUAUCGAAACAUCCCUGAAAUCCCCAACCGGAGUCCCAUUUCUCUCCAUCUUCUACCAAGCCACCGAAUCAACCGCCGGCACCGCAGCAGCCGGAUCCGUAAUCCAAGCCAUGUGCUGCUGCACAACAGUGGGCAUGCUGGCUUCGGCCUCGCGCCAAUUCUGGUCUUUCUCACGAGACAGAGGCAUACCCGGCUGGCGUGUAUGGAGCAAAGUAACCCCCCGUACCGCAAUCCCAACCUACACCGUCCUCCUAACAAGCACAAUCGGCUGCCUCCUGAACCUCAUCAACAUCGGCUCCGACGUUGCCUUCAACAGCCUCGUCUCAAUGUCCACCUCAGGUCUCUAUCUCUCCUACAUGAUCGCUGCAGGCCUUCUCCUCUACCGUCGCUGCACAGGGGAAAUCAGCCAAGCUAAGAGAAACUCCGAACAAACGAUGGUAAAUACCGCAGGCGCCAAGCUCAUCUGGGGACCAUUUCAUCUUCCCGGUGUAUGGGGUAUUGGAAUUAAUAUCUUUUCGUUAGUCUAUAUGUGCAUUGCUACGUUCUUUAGCUUUUGGCCCCCGAUUAAUGAUGUUAAUUCCGAGUCGAUGAAUUAUAGUGUGGUUGGGACGGGGGGGACGGUACUGCUUAGUUUGGGGUAUUAUUUGGUGCGGGCGAGGGGGGUUUAUGAGGGGCCUGUUAUUGAGAUUUAG